AUGUUUUUUUUUCGCAAGAAAACGGAUAAUAAUGAAGGAAAAUGUGAAGUAGAUGUUGACUCAGCAAGGGAGAAAACUUUAAAGGCAGCACAGGCUCUAGAACAAACUCAGAAGGAAUUGGAAGAAAAAGAAUUGAAAUUAGAACAAGAAGCAGCCAAACUUGCACUACAAGGUGAUAAAUCAGGUGCAAUAAUGCUUCUUAAACGUAAAAAACUCAUCACACAAGAGAAAGAGAAACUAGCUAAUUCACAUUUACUACUAGAACAACAGUUACUCAAUUUGGAAACUAUAAGAACACAACAAAUGACAAUGUCUGCAUUAUCAGCUGGUAUGAUAGCUCAACAAUCAAUAAGUUCAUGUCUAAAUACUAAUAAAUUAGAGAAAUUAUCUGAAACUAUAAAAGAGCAACAAGAUCUUCAAGAUGAAAUAUCCCAAGUAUUAGCUCAAUCUCUACCUACAAUGAAUGAAGAAGAACUUUUAGAAGAAUUAAGUGCAAUACAAGCUCAAGAAAUAGAUAAGAAGAUAAUUGAAUCAUCUGCAAGUAUAUUUGAGUCACUAGAUAGUAUAUCUGAUAAGACUAAAAAUCAUGGUGAAUCAUCAAUGAUAUCUAAUAACCGUAAAAUAAUUAUACCAUAA